CAUCUGCCUAUCUUAAAACAUCUAUUCAUCUUCUUGAUUUCUAGAUAUUCUUUUUUUACUCUUAUAUCAAUAAUUAUAUAUUUUUUUCAAAAUAAUUAUACUUACUUUACAUUAAAUUUAAUAAUUAUAUAUAAAUUUAUUUAUUUUUUGUGGAAUACACUGAUUCUAUUGAUGUUGUGCAUAGAUCCACUCCUGUGUGGUAAUGAAUGAAUUGAAUUAUUAGUAUGACGACCCACAGCUAGAGACAGAGACACUAUUAUUAUAUGCACGUCUCUUUUAGGGUGGUUGGAAAGUCGAAAGAAGCAACUGGAAAUGGAAAGGGUGAAGAAAGUGGAGGUGAUAAAGAAAACAAUCGAUCAAUUAAUGAAAGAAGAACGACUCCAAUCAAAAACAUGUCAUCUUCUUGAUGAAAGCUUUAUUGCCGUUGAUGCCGAUGACGAUGAUCAUGGUGAUGAAGCCCACCACCGCCAACAACUCCUCUCCCAAAUUUUAACUCAAGUAUAUUUUUUUAUCGGAUAUUCUGUCUUUAAUUUCCACUUGUGUGUGUGUGUGUAUAUAUAUAUAUAUAUAUAUAUAUAUAUGAAGUAACUGGUAAAGUGGCUUUCUGUGCAGAAAGGUAAGGUCUGCGUGCAUAAACCCUUGUGGUUUGGCUUCCUUGACCUUGUGCACUGUGGGAGCUUUAAUGUACCGUCUGCCCUUUUUUGAAAAAAUAUAUAUGUGCUAAAAUUAAAAUGUAAAAUCCAUAUAUCAGAUUACAGUCAUUUUGAACUAUUUAUUCUUGUGUGUCAAGGAUCAUGUGAGUCAGGGGUGGAACCAGAUUAUGGCCAGAGGAUUCAUCCAAACUUUUUGAUGGAAAUUAUACUAUAUAUACAUGGUUCAAAAUUAGUUUUUAUAUCUAUAUAAUUGAUGUGGAACCACCUUCGGCUAGUUCGUGUAUUUUACCUCUUUCGAUUUUGAAACCCCUUAUUAAAAACUCUGGCUCCGUCACACUGAUCGUAACAAUUAAUACUAGAAGCAACUAACACCCCGUUAAACAAGUUUAGAUUCCCAUAUUGCGCAGGUCUGUUAUUGUCUGCUAUCAUCAGAUAUAUACUGUACUACUUUCCACCAGACCAAAUACUGUACCAGCAAUUGGUACAAGAUGACUCCAGUUCCCUUUUCUUUUUUAAAUUUCAGUUAUAAGUUGUAUGAACCAGUGAAACACGGCAAGUAAAAGGAAGUGAUUGUAGUCACCAAGUAGAGACAUUCACUUAUGCUUUCGGUGCAAUGACAAGAGAGCUACUCCUUAAAUGCUAUACCAGAAAGAUCAAUCUUCUUUUCACCGUCAUCAUCAUCAUCAAACUGGAUUCAUUGAAAGAAGAAACCCCAGUUGAUCAAAUGAAUCAAUCAACAAACUUAGAAGAAGCUCCGGUUGAAGCUGAAGAAGACGGAGAAAAAGAAGAAAAGGUUAUAAAAGAACUAAGGAAGAUUCAGAAGCAGAAUUUUAUCACUCAAUGCCUUUUAUCAGCCAUGCUUGUCUUCACCUUGACAUGGCAACUAUCCGAGGUCUCUCUCAUUUUAAAAAUGAAAGAUGGAUUAAAUCAUCCUUUUAGAUCCAUUGGUAGUAUGUUUACUAGCUGGAUUAAGGGCCCUACACCUGUUAAAUUAAAUGGCCGAGAAGGUGAUCUAAACGACUCUGCAAAGCAGCUUAAACAUCAAGUUGAGGCUAUGUCUCUCUCGAAGCUAAAAGUUCCAGAGUUUCCACAUAUGGAGUUGCCACAUAUGGAAUUGCCUUCUCUGGACUUCAUCCAUGAAGAUGACUAGCCAUUUUCCUUUCAGUUUUUACUGUAGUAUUUCAAAACAACAAUUCGUGCAUGUCAUUUCUUUGUAAACUGUACGGAAAUAUGGUAUAAAGAUUGGCUUGGUUAAAGCAUGAA